AUGACUUCUCUCUCAUCAAAGCCAAUCCUAAACAAAAAGUUCUUUACACAACGUACACCCACUAUCACUUUGAAGAAAAGGACUGUAGCAUUAACUGAUGGUGAAAUUUGUAAAUCACUUUUGUUCCUCCACAUAUUUGGACAAAAGUAUAAAGCUGCAUGCUGUGUCCAUAUACUGCAUAUGAUUACAUCAGUCUCUUGGACUAAUUUUACUCUUAUAUCUGUGUAUGGUGAAAGAGAGAACACUGAGAAUGUCACAAAGGCUAAAAUAUUUGGACUUGAUGAAUGUGAUGUGGAUCAUAGACAUUGUCAACAGACAUUGUCUACUGGACGAACAUAUCGCUGUGGGGCUCUUUCAGCAGCCAAACAGGAGCCUCAAACAGCUCCUGUAAAACUUGCUGUUGCUGGUUUUGAUCUUCACUGUGUAAUGAAGGGGAAGACAAUUGAUAGAGCAGGUGCUCUUUUGACUCCUGCAAGUUCUAAGCAUUAUUACCCAGUAUCAGCAGAAAACUUUGUGCCACCGGAAGACUACACAGCUAUCAAUUUGUCACCAGAUCACAUACAGGAUGACCAACUAAGCCCCUUAACGGAUGAAGAAUUAUCUAAAAAUGGGUCCAAAAUCAAAGUUGAAGUUGACAUGGGUUAUGCUCUGCAGCCAUCUCUCCACCUGUUGCUAACAUCACCAUCUGUUUUUUCUCGCUUGUGUGUCAUACUAAAAGAUUUAAAACUGGCAUGUAACAUCAUUGCAGAAGUAUUUAAAGUGAACAGUGCUAACUUGGGACCCAUUAUACCACUGACUGAUUAUCAGAGUGCAAUGGCUAGUGACUACAAUGUUACAAAACUUUAUUACAAUCAACGCAAUGAAAGUGCUGCAAAUGGACUUUCCUUGUCUAGGGAUAGAAUGAGUAUGUCAUAUCUAUCAACAGAGCUAAGCCUACAAGAAUCUCUUAUUUUGGUGGAUACUACACCAAUAACAGGAUUCGCAAUUGAUGGUGUAGAUAAGGCUCUGAAGAAACUCAAACAGCUAUUGGAAACAAGGGAGAUGAAGGAAGCUUCUCAGGGCCAUAUGUUCCCCACAGUAAAUGAAUUGCUUAGUUUUGAUUUGGAAUUUGGAGUGCCUACAAUAUGUUCAUAUGAAACUGAAAAUUAGACUUAAUUUUGUGGUGAAUUUUUGAUGUUACAUUAAAUGCUAUUAAGUCUUUGUGUUAUUGUUACAAACCCUAUUAAUUUGUUUCACUGACAUUGGAACUUGA